UUUCCAUCUCCAUCUCCCCAUUCGCCAUGGACGCAAAACGGCUCGCGUCCCAUUCCUCCACAAUGACCCUCGUCAAUCUCUCUGAUAAUCACGAUCCACAGUCAGGCCCAGCUACAGCGGGCGCGAAAGACAACAAUGACUCCUCUUUCUUCCCCUCGAUAUCUCGCACUUCGGACAUGGCCGAUUACUCUAUCGCUCCUUCUCCAACUUCCCCGUCAGAAGUGCAGGCUCCCACACAAAAUGCCCCAUUAGUAAGAGCAUCAACAAGCGGAAGCUAUCAUGCAAAAAAUGCACUGAGACGAAUGACCACGCAUGAAACAGGCGAGUUUGUGGAGGAUCAAGAUGGAAAAGCGGAGGAUGACGGGCUGCAUACUCACGAUGAAGAGCAUGAGCAUGGACAUGAAGAGGGUGAUCAGGAGCAUUUAGAACAAAGUCACAAGACUCUUCGUUCGGAAAAAGGUAAAGAAGACAAUCGGGAGCAAGGGAAGGAUGAAGAAGCCGAAAUAGAGGGUAAAAAGUCGGGGCAGAAGAAGACGUUUGAGCUACAAGAUCAGACGAAUCUGUUGCCAACCAAGCAAGUUAUAUUUGUCUUUGUCGGACUAACUUGUGCUUUGUUUUGCUCUUUACUGGAUCAAACCAUCGUGACCACUGCUUUACCGACUUUGGGACAAGUAUUUGGAAGGGCAGACAUUAGUCCAUGGGUUGGGACGGCCUAUCUAUUGACUUCGACGGCAACUCAACCGGUCUAUGGAAGAUUAUCAGAUAUCUUUGGCCGAAAGUUCACCCUUUUGGGCUGUUUAUUCAUAUUCCUGAUGGGCUCUCUAGCUUGUGCCCUUGCCCAGACCAUGAUCCAACUGAUAAUAUUUCGCGCAAUACAAGGCUUGGGAGGUGGUGGAAUAUUGACGCUGGCAAUGAUCAUCAUUUCCGAUGUGGUUUCCUUGAAAGAAAGGGGAAAGUAUCAAGGUAUCACUGGAUGCGUGGUUGCGCUUGCCAACUCUUGCGGUCCCAUAGUUGGCGGAGCAUUCACGGAAAACGCCUCUUGGAGAUGGUGUUUUUAUAUAAAUCUUCCCCUGACAUCAAUCUCGAUGAUCAUCAUCGUCUUCCUUCUCCCACUGCGUCGCGUUCGCGGCUCAAUGGUCGCCAAGAUUAAGAAACUCGAUUUCUACGGAUCUAUUCUCACGCUCGCGUGGGCCGCACCGUUCCUCAUUGCGUUGUCUUGGGCGGGAAGUCAGUACGCAUGGGACAGCGCGGCGGUAUUGGUCCCGCUGCUUGUGGGUCUGGCAUUGUUGGGGCUGUUCAUAUUUGUGGAGGCCAAGGUGGUGAGUCUGCCACUUGUCCCGAUGCACAUCUUCAAGAAUGCUUCGGUGUCGGCAUGCUUCUUUACCACGUUUAUGAAUGGAUUGAGCUUUUACGCCACGCUGUAUUACCUUCCGCAAUACUUUCAGAUUGUCCGAGGGGCGUCUGCAAUCAGGUCGGGUGUUUUGACCCUACCGCUCAUGCUGGUUCAAACAGUCACCUCAUUCACCAGUGGUAUAAUCCAAUCCAAAACGGGUGACUACUGGUGGAACCUCGUUGUAGGGUACACCAUCUGGACGAUCGGUCUCGGUCUGAUAUCGUCCAUUACUUCUACGACGAGUAUUGCCAAACUGUCGGGUUACCAGAUUAUUGUCGGCAUCGGUGCCGGUCAGACCUUCCAGACGAGUUUGGUGGCUAUCCAAGCGGGUGUGGAGAGGAAAGACAUGGCAACUGCGACGGGUCUUCGAAAUUUUCUUCGACAGUUGGGUGGGACAAUUGCGCUCGCGGCGUGCAACUCGAUUGUGAAUAAUUGUGUGAGACGGAACCUUUCUGGGGUUUUGCCGGGGACGGCGUACAAGGCGAUUCUGGAAGAUCCUACUCGGGCGACGAGCUUGGGUCUGUCUGCGUCAGAAUUGAGUGCUGUGACGGAUGCCUAUGCGCGGGGCAUCAAUGAAGUCUUUUGGUUUUGUGCGCCCUGCGUGGGGAUUUGUAUACCGAUAACGAUCUUCUUAAUUAAAAAAGUGACGUUGAACCGGAGCGACGACGCUGUGAAAAAGGCCGAGGCAAAGGCGUGGGUGGAGAGUAAAAAAGCGAAACGGGCAAAGAAGAGAAAGGGAAGUGAGGAGACGGUGGUGGACAGUGGAGCAUCGACAAUGGUAUCAGGGGAAGAAAAAAAGCGUGAUGGACGACGGAUAGGAAAAGAGCAGUGAUGAAUGAUGCAU